GAAAAAAAUAAAUAAAAAUAAAAAUAAAAAACUCCUGUCAGUAGAGAGAGAGACUGUAUAUAAAGUGCAGCUCGUCACAGAGCACUGAUCAGGGCUAGUGACUGACUGACACUGCUGAGGAAACUCUACAGUCAGCUAAAUACAAACAGGUGUUAGAUACAGAGACAGAGACCGCAGAACAGCAUGGCCGCUGCAGCUAAAAAAGACACAGUAUGGAUCGGGUUCAUGGACAUCGUUCCGGUCAUCGGGGCGGUCAGAGAGGCAGUGGAGCUGGUGUUGGCUCUGUACGAAGGGAAUAAAGCGGUGAUAAAGGAGAAAGAGAAGGCAGUUGAAAACCUUGUGAAAGAGUCAUUAAUAAAAGAUGUGAAAAAGUUGACUCUAUCUGAUAAACCAGCAGCAGCAGAAGUAGAUAAGUUUUCUGGACUCAGAAAUGUGAGAGAGGUCAGAAAGGAAAGGAUUAUUGAAUAUAUGGUCAAAGGUGGCAAAAAGGGAACGAAACCUCCAACUCCAGCUGAGCAGAAAGAGAGACAGAAAAGAGUGGAAAAGAUUAAGGAAGGCGUGUUAGAAAAAAUCCGCAUCCUCAAACCAGACUUCAAUCAGGAGCUGAAGUUCGAACUGGGAAGGUCGAAAAGAGGCGAACAUGUCUUCAACAAUAACAUUCUUAGAUUUCAUUCCAAGGUGCUGACUAAGUUUAGAGAAGACAAUAAUAAUGUUCUACAAGGAUGUAAUCAGCAGGCAAUGAAUGAUUUAGGUAGACACACACUUACCCUCGAAACAGCAAAGGAGAUUCAGACAGAAAUGGUGGUAGACUUUGGUGAGGAUGAAUUCUACAUGAAUGCAAAUGCAGUGGUGUAUGGUGUAUAUUGCAGUGCACUGCGUGAGGCUAUGUUAGCUGUGCUGCGCCGCAUAAACCCAGAUGACGUGACACCAGAGAAGAAACAAAGGGUGAAUUUUAUCAUAGAUAAUAUGAAUAACCUUGAAAUCUAUGUGGAUGAACUGGCAAAGGUCAAGUGGAUUGCCAAUAAUGCGACUAUAUGGACCCGGUUUGAUGAUGUAAGACGGGAAGUUGUGAAAAUGUAUAAAACAGAUCGUGGGGUUGACUGGUGCAUUGACAUUCUGCAUUCAGUUGCACCUUUGUUUAACACCAGUGGUUCCCAAACUGUAGGGCGCGACCGCUAGGGGAGGGUGCGGCAAGGCUGGGGGAUAGUGUACAGUCAGCAGAUUAUUUUGCAAAAGAAACCUCUGCAGGGUGAUAAAGACUACACUGCGUAAUUUUCCCGCUUAACAUGCGGCCACUUGCCUGAUAAGUAAAUAAUUUAAUGCAAAAUAUUAAUUUGACACAUUUUAAUGACCUCAACAUGACUCGCAGUACCUGCAUGAGCACUCAGUUAUCAGUUGUAGCAGUUGUGGUUGUAUUAAUAACAGACCACUAGAUGGCGCGAUCGAAGACUUAGAGUUGUAUUGCAGGGAGCCAUGUAGAAAUAUAAAUGAAAGAUGCAUGGUUCUGCUCUAAGCAUGUAAGUUACAAGUUUGUGAAAGGACAGGUAAACAUAAAGCAAAUUAUGAAUAUACUUAAGAUUCACAAAUACCAAAACAACUACACCAGAUGUGAGUGGCACAACAUGACAAAAGCAAAUAUACAGUAGCCUAAAUGUUAAAGCAUUCAAAUAGAUAUUUUAAAUUGACAAUAUUUCACAAUAUUACAGUGUUUACUGUAUUUUUUAACAAAUAAAUGUAGCCUUGGUGAGCAUAAGAGACUUUCCAAAAAAAAAAGAAAAAAAAAAAAUUUGGGAGGUCCCACAGACCUGAAACUAGCUCAAAAAGUUUGCACACGAGAAGAAACAGACACCAGUUUUUUUCUUUCCAACAAAAGUUCACUGUGGUGUGCGCACAUUUGUAUAUUUGCAAUAUUUCCAACACACUUAGUGUUAGCGUUCUGUCAUCCGCUGCCUGUUAGAUCUUUUUUUCUUUCUUUUUUUUAACCCCCCCCUCAAAAAAAAUAACACCACCCAUGGACUUGCUUUUUCUACCACAACCUUUUUCCAAAACAGAAAAAUCUGACUUUGGCAACCCUGCUCCUUAUAAUGACACAUUUUACUCAAAAUGUAAAAAAGAAAAAAGCUAAUUUCCAACAUAAAGAUUAAUGCACGCCGCUAAAUGUCUGUAACUACAAUUUAAAGCUGAGCCUAAUAACAGGUUGAAGUUUAGUUCUUAUUAAAAUGACUGUGUGUAAAUGUGAAGCAGAACGGGGGUUUUGGAGGCGUCUCAAUUCCUCCUUCUCCUUUUAUUCCCUCCAUCAUCAUUGUUACAACCACCUGAUCAGGAGGAUUCACCAUCAUGUGCAGAGACUUUAGGGUUCUAGUAUUGCUCUAAAAUAAAACAAAAUAAAAUAAAAAACGUAUGUAAUUUAACAGAAUUUUCUGCCGAAUUUUAACCACUAAAUUUGUGGCAGCGAAUUUGGAAAGUGAAAUAAAAUGACCGGCUGACGGCCCACAUGUGGCUGAUACACCAAAAGCCAUUAUUCAACUAUAUUUACACCACACCUAUCUUUUUUAUUUAAAAUACCCAUUACACAGUAAAUCUUAAACACAAAAAUGGAUUCACACUCAUUUUUUAAAAAUGUUUAUAGUAUUUUAAUAAUAGAAUUACAAUACAGAACAUAACAUAACAGAAGUGUGCUAUUUUGUAAAUGUCAGAUGAGUGAAUGAAUGCAAAAAUUGAUACUUUUAGUAAGUCUCGCCAGUCUUUCUCACGCACAGUCUGUCAUGAAAAAGAAGAGAAAAAAGAACAUUAGUAUAUCAUAAUUAGUAUCAUACAUUAGAUAUUAUUUGAAGACAAGCACAUAAAUGACUGUAAAUCAGCACUGCACACAUUCUUUUCUACCACCAUGAGUGCUGCUGUGAAGUCCCUUUUUAAAUUUAAAUUUUCUAAAUAAAAAAAAAUUAGCUACUUUAAUAACAGACUAUUUUUAGACAUGAUAAUAAUAAUAAUAAUAAUAAUAAUAAUAAUAUACAUAAUAUUAAUGAAAACAUUAGGGGUGUAAUGGUACCUCAGUUUUGAAGUCACAGUUUCAAACAUUUUUGGUACAGCAG